AAAGUAAUGUGAUGUCAAAGCGUUAAGCGAAAGAUCUUUUGAGGUCAAUACCAAACGAUAUUUUCAAUUUUAAGUAGUUUAUAGAGUUAUAUUUUUGAGGUAUUAACGCGUUUUUAAAAUGACUUGGGGAUUUGUUACGUGUGGCCCCAAUGAGGCUAUGGUUAUAUCAGGUUGUUGUUAUUCAAAACCGAAUCUUGUACCGGGUGGACGAGCUUUCAUAUGGCCAGCAAUUCAAAAAGUACAAAGAAUAUCAUUAAAUACUAUGACGCUUCAAGUAGAAAGUCCAACGGUUUAUACUAGCCAAGGAGUUCCAAUAUCUGUAACAGGAAUUGCACAAGUUAAGAUACAAGGGCAAAAUGAAGAGAUGCUUUUGGCAGCUUGCGAACAAUUCCUUGGAAGAACUGAACACGAAAUUCAACACAUAGCUCUUGUCACUCUCGAAGGUCAUCAAAGAGCGAUAAUGGGUUCGAUGACGGUCGAAGAAAUUUACAAAGACAGGAAGAAGUUUAGCAAGCAAGUCUUUGAAGUUGCUUCUUCUGAUUUAGUGAAUAUGGGAAUUACGGUCGUUUCAUACACCUUAAAGGAUAUUAGGGAUGAAGAGGGCGCUAAGGGUUACCUAAAGAGUUUGGGAAUGGCUCGAACGGCCGAAGUAAAACGCGACGCCCGUAUCGGUGAAGCAGAAGCCCGUUGUGACGCUCAAAUAAAAGAGGCGAUCGCCGAAGAACAACGAAUGGCCUCCGUUUUAUUAAACGACACGGAAAUAGCGAAAGCCCGACGUGAUUUCGAACUUAAAAAAGCCGCUUACGACGUCGAGGUUCAAACGAAAAACGCGGAAGCCGAUUUAGCGUAUGAAUUACAAGCGGCCAAAACGAAACAGAGAAUUAUGGAGGAAAAAAUGCAGAUUAAAGUGGUUGAAAGAACGCGACAAAUCGCCGUUGAGGAACAGGAAAUCGGAAGGAAAGAACGGGAGUUGGAGGCGAAAAUUAGGAGACCAGCGGAAGCGGAGAAAUAUCGUUUGGAAAAAAUUGCCGAGGCGAAUAAUAAAAAGGUUUUAUUGGAAGCUCAGGCUGAAGCCGAAUCUAUUAAACUUAAAGGGGAAGCAGAGGCUUACGCGACUGAAGUUAAAGCGAAAGCGGAAGCGGAACUUAUGGCGAGAAAAGCGGAUGCUUGGAAGGAAUAUAAAGAAGCGGCGAUGAUUGAUAUGCUUUUGGAUGUUCUACCAAAAAUUACAGCCGAAGUAGCAGCGCCAUUAUGUCAAACAAAAAAAAUUACGAUGGUUUCAUCUGGACAGGGUGAUAUAGGUGCCGUGAAACUCACCGGAGAAGUCCUCAACAUUGUCAAUAAGGUUCCAGAGUUGGUCAAGAACAUGACAGGGGUCGAUAUCGUUAAGUCUGUACAUGCAGCAGCCUAAUUAAAGGCGAAGCGCUGGGUGGUAAAUUGCAAUACGUUCUGAUGGAUAAAAUUGAAAAUUAAUUUGGUAUUGAUUUAAAAUGUUAUUUUUAAACUUUUUGCAAUUAUUUUGUAUAAUACCUAAGUAUAACUCAAACAUACACUCAAACAUGAUGGUAGAAGGUGCAUUUUCUUUAUACAAUUUUAAGUAUUUUGUGUUUUUAAGUACAAAUAGAAGUAUAAGUGCCAAAAAAAAAUAAUAAUAAAAUAAAUAAAGUAAUAGGCACAAAAAUGAAGUAAUUAUUAAAAAAAAAGA